AUGGCUGCUAAUACUAGAUAUGAGCCAGCUCCUCAGCGGGACUCGUUUGAGGAGCGCGGAUACACUCAGCCCCCGCCAUCUUAUCAGGCAACGGCCGAAUACUCACAAGCGCCUCGCAGUGAGGACGACAAUGUUCCCGAUGACUUCAAAUUCGGUGGAAUGGUCGCAGAAGGAACGCUACCUAUCCGGAUGCAAUUUGUCCGGAAGGUCUAUGCCAUCCUAACUGCACAGCUCCUGUUGACCACCAUCAUGAGCUCGAUCUCCUUCUUCAGCGACAGCUACCGCCUAUGGAUUCAGUCCAACUUCUGGCUGAUGAUCGUCUCAGUCUUCGGUGCCUUGGGUUUUAUGCUCGUAACAUACUGGAAGCGCAAGAGCUACCCGGCCAACCUUCUUUUCCUGACUGCUUUCACGGUUCUCGAGGCCUACUCCAUCAGUGUCGUGACAUCCUUCUAUGACGCGCGCAUCGUAGUGCAAGCCCUUAUCCUGACGCUCGGCAUGUUCGUCGCGCUCACGCUCUUCGCAUGCCAGACGAAGUACGAUUUCACGAACUGGAUGCCAUACCUGUUUGGUGCGCUCUGGUUCUUGAUCCUGUUCGGCUUCGUCGCUGCGUUCCUCCCCAACAGCUCUACCGUUGAGCUUAUCUACAGCGGAUUGGCGGCGUUGAUCUUCUCGGGCUAUAUCCUUGUUGACACGCAGCUAAUCAUGAGACACUACCAUGUUGAGGAGGAGAUUGCCGCGAGCAUCUCGCUCUACUUGGAUAUUCUGAACCUGUUCCUGGCCAUCCUCCGAAUCUUAAACAACCAGCAGAACAAUUAA